AUGAUCAAGUUAAGAUCGAAGAGGUUUCCAAGGAGGGUUAAAAGUAAUAGUACUAUCAACAAUAAUGGUGGUGGAAUCAAAUGGGAAUUACGUCCAGGAGGUAUGUUAGUUCAAAAAAGAGAAUGUGAGAAUAAUGUUAGUAAUUCAAAUGGAGAAGCAAUCGUCAAACUUAGAGUCUCAACUGUUUCUAAUUUCCAUGACAUUUCUAUCCAACCCACUUCUACUUUUGGUGAAUUGAAGAUGAUGUUGUCAAUUGUAACUGGUUUGGAACCAAAAGAGCAGAGGCUGUUAUUUAGAGGGAAAGAAAGGGAAGAUUAUGAACACUUGCAUAUGGUUGGGGUGAGAGACAAAGACAAACUUCUGCUCUUCUUGUCGAACCACUAGUGUCUAAUUAAGAUUCCUACUAGUAAUUAGUACUAAUUCACUUCUAUAACUAUAAUUAAUGUAGCAGAGCAUCUCUAGCUUCUUGCUUAAGCACAUACUAAUAUGAAUCGAUCAGAAGAAGCAAGGCUUAGAUUAUCAGAUCCUCAACACAAUUUUCCUAGAAAUGGAGGGUCAAGAAGGUAAGAAAAGGGCCUAUUAAUGACUUAGCUUACGCUAAAAACCAACCCUGUCCUGGUUAAUUAAUAACUCGCUUAUCUCUGUUGUAACAGUAUAUAGUUC